CCGUGUGUGUGUGUGUUGGAGGGGGGCGGGCGCGCGCUCUGUGGGAGGGGGCGCGCGUGCAUGCGGCCGGUGCGCGGUGACAGCGCGCGCGCGCAGCAGCGCAGCAGCAGCAGCAGCAGCAGCAGCAGCAGCAGCAGCAGCAGCCAGGACCUCAAGCGCCCGGCACGUGCCCGCACCGAGGCACUCGGUAGCCCCGUGUCCCCCGGCGGAGCCCGAAGCCCAGUUGGGUGCAACGGAGAGCGGAAAUGAGAGGUGACUGCUUGAAGCUGCGGCAGCCGGCAUCCCCGGGCAGGAGGAGAACUCGGGACCCGGCCGCGGCCCGGUCCAACCCUGCCGUCUGAUCCGUCCGCCCGUCCCCGCGUCCCGGUGCAACCGGCCAUGGCCUCCAAGGUGUGGCUCAGCCGGAUGCUCCGGCACCGCAAGGCCCAACUCCUGCUGGUCAACGCGCUGACUUUCGGCCUGGAGGUCUGCCUGGCGGCGGGCAUCACCUACGUGCCUCCUCUGCUGCUGGAGGUGGGCGUGGAAGAGAAGUUUAUGACCAUGGUGCUGGGUAUCGGCCCCGUGCUGGGUUUGGUCUCGGUGCCCCUGCUGGGCUCGGCCAGCGAUCAGUGGCGGGGCCGCUACGGCCGGCGGCGGCCCUUCAUCUGGACGCUGUCACUGGGCGUCCUGCUGAGCCUCUUCCUCAUCCCCCGGGCCGGGCGGCUGGCGGGGCUGGCGGGGCCGGGGGCCCGCUCGCUGGAGCUGGCCCUGCUCAUCCUGGGGGUGGGGCUGCUGGACUUCUGCGGCCAGGUGUGCUUCACCCCCCUGGAGGCCCUGCUCUCCGACCUGUUCCGCGAGCCGGACCACUGCCGCCAGGCCUUCUCCGUCUACGCCUUCAUGAUCAGCCUCGGAGGCUGCCUGGGCUACCUGCUCCCCGCCAUCGACUGGGACGCCAGCGUCCUGGCCCCGUACCUGGGCAGCCAGGAGGAGUGCCUCUUCGGCCUGCUGACCCUCAUCUUCCUCGCCUGCGUCCUGGCCACCUUCCUGGUGGCGGAGGAGUCGGCGUCGCCGGGCCCGGCCGAGGCGGGCGAGGGGCUCCCGGUGCCCGCGGCUCCGGCCGGCCGCUGCUGCUGCCCCUGCGGAGCCCGGCCCGUGGCCCUGGCGCUCCGGAACUUGGGGGCCCUGCUGCCGCGGCUGCACCGGCUCUGUUGCCGGGUGCCCCGGGCCCUGCGCCGCCUCUUUGUGGCCGAGCUCUGCAGCUGGAUGGCUCUCAUGAGCUUCACCCUCUUCUACACAGACUUUGUGGGCGAGGGGCUGUACCAGGGCGUGCCUCUGGCCGAGCCGGGCACCGAGGCCCGGCGCCACUACGAUGAGGGGGUGCGCAUGGGCAGCCUGGGCCUGUUCCUUCAGUGUGCCAUCUCCCUCCUCUUCUCCCUGGGCAUGGACCGGUUGGUCCAGCGCUUCGGCACCCGGGCCGUCUACCUCGCCAGCGUGACUUCCUUCCCCGUGGCCGCGGGCAUCACCUGCCUGUCCCGCAGCGUAGCUGUGGUCACCAUCUCUGCCGCCCUCACCGGCUUCACCUUCUCCGCGCUGCAGAUCCUGCCGUACACCUUGGCCUCCCUCUACCACCGUGAGAAGCAGGUGUUCCUGCCCAAAUACAAAGGGGACGGCAGCGAGGACAGCCCAGCGACCAGCUUCCUGAGUGUCCCCAAGGCCGGGAGUCCCUUCCCCAACGGACAUCCCGGGGCCGUGGGCGGACUGUUCCCCUCGCCCCCGGGCCUGUGCGGAGGCUCCCCGUGCGACGUCUCGAUGCGGGUGGUCGUGGGAGAACCGGAGUCCGGGGGGCUGGGCCGGGGCAUCUGCCUGGACUUGGCCAUCCUGGACAGUGCCUUCCUGCUCUCCCAGGUGGCUCCGUCCCUGCUCAUGGGCUCCAUUGUCCAGCUGACGCAGUCGGUCACCGCCUACAUGGUGUCCGCCGCCGGCCUCGGGCUGCUGGCCAUUUAUUUUGCCACCCGGGUGGUGUUCGACAAGAGCGACUUGGCCAGGUACCCAGGGUAGGGACGGGAAGGAGGAGGGAGGCCUAACCUCCGCGCUCAAGUCCCCAGAGGGCUAAGGGCAGAGAGGCUGGGUAACUGGGGAGUCGGGCUCCCCGCUGCCUUCUAGCCUCCAGGCCCAGCUGCGGGAGCGAGCGGAACGGGGCCUUCCCCUCCACCUUCACACCCACACCCCGGUGGCUGCUUCCUCUCCCCCCCGACUCUCUCGCACUGGCUCAGGGGAGGGAGUAGAGGGGAGUGCAGGGGACUGGGCCUCACUGGACAACUCCGCCGGCUCAAAUCACCCCCCAGGCCCCCGGUCUCCGCACCUUGUCUGCCCAAGCAGAGCCCCGACUGUUGGGAGAGUAGGUCCCAUCUGCCCCCUGGUGUCCACGAGCCGUUUCCCGAGCCCAGAGAGGAGCCAGGGCCAGUCCUCGCUUCCGCCUCGGCCUCCUUUACCCCUUGUGCCCCUAUUUCUGGAGGUGGGGAGCCCCAGGAAGGGGCGUGAAGGCUGGAGGAGACCUCUGACUGCUCUCCCGACAAGACCGAGGAGUUGCCUUUUGGUUGGAGGAGGUGGGGUUGGAGGAGGUAUUCGGCGGGGGCGGGUGAUUGCCCGCCCUGUGCUUGUGUGCAAUUCUGGAGGGAGAAAUUGGGGGAUUGAGGUCCCGAGACGGGGGAGGAGGGGGUUCUGGAGGACAGGGGAGGUAGGUCGUCUUGAUCCCCGCCUCCAGCUCAGAGCCAGGCCCUUGCUCUCCCCCUCCCCGCCGGGUACCCCUGCCCUCUUCCC